CUCCUUUAAGCUUUAACUAACCAAAUCAAAUCAAUCUCCUUUUCCCCAUAGUCAAAACACCACAACUCCCUCCAUCGUUUUUCGUUUAUCUCAAUAAAAAAAAAAAACACCACAACUCCCAACUCAAACUCUCCACACUCAUCUCUCUCUCUCUCUCUCCUAAAAACUCUCUCAAAUCAAAUGGUCUUCCUCAUUACCCUCUUCCUAUUCUCACUCCUACCCUCUCCAACCUUUUCCCAAAACGCCACCACCGUUUCAUGCCCCCUAGACUUCAACGUUCUGUCCCAGUUAACUCAGAGCGCAACUCGCUCAGCACCCAACAGUGACACAAGCACCGAGUGCAACCACAUCCGCAAUGGCCUCCAAUUCGUCCUCUCUAACUACCUCCAACGUACCAACUCGUUCCUCCCACCACCCAACUCGUCCGAGUCAUGCUGGGCCGCGUACCAGUCCCUCAUCAGCUCGUCCCUCCCAAACUUCGAUAUCAGAAAAUCCUGUGGCUUUAAAACCGAGUGGAUCUCACAGGGUUGCAUGAGCAUCACCACCAAAGCUGAAUUCGAAAAGUUGAUCCCAAAACAAACCUUAAACGAUGUUGUUUCGAGCUGUAACCAAAGUUUAGAGAACAACUCGCCUUGUGCUUCGUGUACAGCUACCUUAUCCACUUUACAAGCCUCGUAUCUUACCGGUCCUUCGGUUGGAAACGUGUCUGAUUGUACUGCGUACCCAACGAUUUAUGCAGCGGCUUCUGCUAAUAUUUCUGGUCCCAGUGAUAAAGGUACUGCUAAGUGCUUGUUUGGGUUGGAGUUCUCAGUGCCUUCAAAGUCUGGGAGUAAAAAAAAUGUGGUGAUUUUGGUGGUUUUACUAGUUUUUGGAGUUGGGUUUUGUGUGAUUCUUGGUGGGGGUUGGUUAUAUUUGAGGAAAAGGAAGAGAAGACAGAGUUAUGUUGAGAGAGUUGAAACGAGUCUUGAAUUUGGGUUGGAUUCGAUUAGUGGAAGUACCACUUUGGUGAGAUUCACAUUCGAUGACAUCAGAGAGGCGACCAAGAAUUUCGCCAGAGAUAGUAUUAUAGGGAGAGGAGGGUAUGGGAAUGUGUACAAAGGUGUUUUGCCAGAUGGGUCAGAGGUUGCUUUGAAAAGGUUUAAGAAUUGCUCGGCUGCAGGGGAUGCGAAUUUCACACAUGAAGUUGAGGUUAUAGCUAGUGUUAGGCAUGUAAAUCUUGUUGCUUUGAGAGGGUAUUGUACUGCAACGACACCUUUUGAGGGUCACCAGAGGAUAAUUGUGUGUGAUUUGAUGAAGAAUGGGAGUCUUUAUGACCAUUUGUUUGGGGGUUUGGAGGAUAGGAAGCUUAGUUGGCCUAUUAGGCAAAAGAUUGCAUUAGGGACUGCAAGGGGUUUGGCUUAUUUGCAUUACGGUGCUCAACCUGGGAUUAUACAUAGGGAUAUUAAAGCAAGCAAUAUACUUUUGGAUGAGAUGUUUGAGGCUAAGGUGGCUGAUUUUGGUCUUGCAAAGUUUACACCAGAGGGUAUGACACAUUUGAGCACAAGGGUUGCUGGGACAAUGGGUUAUGUUGCUCCUGAGUAUGCUUUGUAUGGACAAUUGACUGAGAGGAGUGAUGUGUAUAGUUUUGGUGUUGUGUUGCUUGAGCUUUUGAGUGGAAGGAAGGCCCUCUCGACAAACAGUGAUGGCCAACCAAUACUUGUUACCGAUUGGGCGUGGUCCUCGGUGAGAAAUGGGAGGACUUUGGAUGUUAUUGAUAAUGGGAUGCCAGAAUUGGGUGUGCCGGAGGUGUUAGAGAAGUAUGUUUUGGUUGCCGUGUUGUGUUCUCAUCCGCAGUUGUAUGCUAGGCCUACAAUGGAUCAGGUUGUGAAAAUGUUGGAGACUGAUUUGUCAGUUCCUUCAAUCCCUGCAAGGCCAAUUCCUCUUGUGGCAGAGAUGAAUGAUAUUGAGAGAUCUGCAAGCAGUAGCGGCUCGGGUCAGCUUUCUAGCCCAACUGGGUAUCAGCCUUAUACGUUAGAGAAUGGCCGGCUCUCAGACCAUAAGGAAGAAGGGAUUAAGAGUUCAGAAUAGAAGGAACUGGAAACUGUUAUAACCACCUUGAUUUGUUUGUUUGUUUAUAUAUUAUGGUUCCUGAAUUCGGAAUCAAGUAAAUCCAUUGUAAAGAAUACACAUGUAUACUUGUAGUUGAUUCUUUUUAAAUUUUUUUUGGAAUAGAACAUGAGUACAACUGUGCUUGGAAAAUUUGUUUGUUA